GUGUCUGAGGCAGGCAGUGAAAUGUGGUGACAGUUUCCCUGCUAGGCCUAUGGCAGGACUCCUCGCUUUCAUAGCACAUGUCAUGUCCGAGCUACGGAGACCUGUGGAGGAGCGGAACGGCAAGAGGAGAGUCUGGGGCCGAGUGACCAGUGACCUUCUGACAGUAUACAACCAGUAUGCCUGUUGUGAAAACAGACUGCCUACCUGCCGUCUUCGUGAAGCCUUCAAUUCUCUCAACUUGUUUCCAUCCAACUCACAAGUGUAUGAGAUGGUUCAGUGUGCAGUGGAAUAUGGCAGCCCUUGUGAGUCAGAUAACAUCACAUUCGGAGAAUUCUGUGUACUGGUGUCAGAGCUCAAAUCAUACUACCUCAGGAAACCAGUCUCACCUCAGCCACGGUCCAUGUACAGAGAGAGAUCAACAUCCAGUCCUUGUAAAAGAUGGCAGCAUAGAGUGUUUCUUGGAGGAUCCUGUAACCCUACAAGCUGGCGACAGGAUACAGCGAUUCCGUUCUUCAAACAGCAUGGCAUUACCUUUUACAACCCUCAGGUGCAAAACUGGAGAGAAGAGUUGGUGGAGCUAGAAGCUCGAGCAAAACAGAGAGCAGACAUUUUGUUUUUUGUGAUUGAUAACCAGACCAGGGCGAUUACUUCUAUGAUCGAGACAGCCUACCUUGUGGCCACUCAACGACAAGUGAUUGCUAUUAUACAUGAAUAUGACAAGAACAUGAAGAUCUGUGGAGAGGAAGUUUCAAAAUGUGAGGUGAUGGAUCUUUCGAGAGCCAGGCAGAUACUGGUGGAUUUGGUGGAGAGAAACAGUUUACCAGUCUUCGCAAGCUUGGAAACUGCACUGAAAUGUACUCAGACAGUACUUGACAGGGGAUUGAAGGUUGAGGAUCUAAUCGUGGAGGACGGUGUACAGCCUGUAUUAUAUGGUUACCUCAAGGUGGGAACAGCUCUACUACAUAUGCGGGAAUCCUUUAACUCCAUGGACAGCACUGGAUCUGGCUACAUCACUGCUAAAGAUGUAUGCUUGGCCUACAAGAGCUGUAUGGGAGGACAGAGUCUUGACCUGGAGUGGCUUAGUAACCAUAGAAACAAUAGUCCUGAUAACCAGUAUAAUUUUGAAGAUUUCUGCUGUGUUGUUGCAGAGUAUCAGAAGAGGAGCAAGCCAUUUCUUGAAAAGUUGCUUCAUCUCAUCAGAUGUUUCCUUCAAAAAAUCACAAAUCAUUCCAUAACCCCAAACUGCAAUAAUAUUCAGGAGUAUCGAGACAUCUACCUUGGGGGUAGCUGUGGGGACUCUAACUGGAGGGAGGGAAUAGCUGUCCCACUACUGAGGAAGCACGGCUUGUCCUAUGCCAACCCUUUUGUCAAUGACUGGGAGCAGAGACUCAUCCCCAUUCAGGUUGCGAUACGCGAGAAGUGUCGUCUGCUCCUCUAUAUCAUUUCAGACAGGACUCGGUCAAUAUCAUCGAUGAUUGAGGCUGGUUACUAUAUUGGAAAAGGCUGUAAGGUUGUGCUCUGUGUCAAGGAACUAUCAAACGACAUCACUGUAGGCAAGGAACCUCUGACUGAGUGUGCUGUGAAGGACUACCAGCGGGGCAGAGCCUACCUGGUAGACUUGGCUAGUCGUGAAGGUGUUCAGCUUUUCGAUGAUGUCACAGAAGCAGUUUUAUGUGCCAUCAACUACCUCAAAGAAGUGCAGACAUAACAGAUUGUCUCACCAAGAAACAGACGUGUUUGUCUCACCAAGAAACAGACGCGUUUGUCUCACCAAGAGACAGACGCGUUUGUCUCACCAAGAAACAGACGUGUUUGUCUGACCAAGAGACAGACGCGUUUUUCUCACCAAGAGACAGACGCGUUUUUCUCACCAAGAAACAGACGCGUUUGUCUCACCAAGAAACAAUGUUUGUCUCACCAAGAAACAGACGCGUUUGUCUCACCAAGAAACAGACGCGUUUGUCUCACCAAGAGACAGACGCGUUUGUCUCACCAAUUGAUGACUGCAAAAAUUAAGAAGAGGCUUAUUUGUGGGCAGUAGCUUACUUGAUGAUAAAUAUGGUAUACUGAUAUCAACAAAAUUACCGAGCUCCUACGCAUUACAAGCUAGGCAGGAUUUUGAGCCUGCCCUUGUUGUAAACUGAACAAAGACAUCCAUCCAAUAUGUACAUUUAUGUAGUUUUGUAAUUGAAACCCCCCUUCCCAUCAGUGCCAUUAUCAUAUUAUUUUAUAUUGAAUUUUUCUAUUGAAACUAAUGAUUAAACAUUGUGCAAAUUAAUCCAAAUGGUGUAUAAUUGCAGAGACAAGCUCAGAAACAGUAGUUUAAUGAUUUAUAAUUAUCCAACGUUAUUUUUCUUUUCCAUACUCAAGAGGUUAGGUGUAUGCCCCAUGUUAUAUUUACCUGGUACAUGUAUAUGUAUAUAUUCACUUAUUCAAGGUGCAGAAAAUAACCAGUAUAGAUGAAGUCAAGCCAUAGAGGCUAUUAGCUGAUGGUCAAGGUCAUAGCUAUUAUUGGUUGACUGUUUCAGAAACAGAAAUUUGUCACGACAUUCUGAUCAGAGUACUACAAAGCAGUUUGUUACCUGUUACCAAGAUGAAAGGCAACAAAACAAAUUAUUAGAGGGAUUUUUAUCAUCUUUUUUUUCAUAUCGCCUUGCGUCCAUGGUCCGUCAUUCCUCUGGCGUCCGUAAACAAUCCUUGUUAUCACUAGUUCUUAAAAAUUACUGGAGGGAUAUUCCUCAAACUUCAUGUGUUGGCUUCCCUUGGUCCUUAGUUGUGCCAGAAUUCAAAUUUUUGAUCAGAAAAACAAAAUGGCAGAUAGGCGACCAUCUCAGAUUUUGAGAAUUGAUGUUUGUUGUCUCUAUUUCUAAAAAAAGUACUGGAUGGAUAUUCCUCAAAAUUCAUGUGCAAGUUUCCCUUGGUUCCUAGUUGUGCCAAACAUAUUUAGUUUUUUGAUCAGAAAAACAACAAUGGCCGACAGGUGGCUAUUUUGGAUUUUGAGAAUUGAUGUUUGUUAUCACUAUUUUUUUUAUAAAUACUGGAGAGAUAUUCCUUAAAUGUCAUAUGUAGGUUCCACUUGUGCAUGAUAUCAGAUUAUUAAGAGGAAAAAAUGAAAGAAGGGAAAAGUAAAGAGAUGAUCAGCCUGACAUGGAACCUAUAAAGAUCAUUCAGGUGAGCGCAAAGAUCCCUCUUGGAUCUCUUGUUUUUUCUAAUGAUGCCAUCUCGUACAGGUGAAGAAUUUAUCCUUAAAAUUACAUACUCGUCUAAUAGCUGUCUGUUAUUAGUAUUGAUAGCUUGCUGUUUGUGUUGACAAAAUGUUGUCCAUCUUGCCAGGCAGAGUAGAUUCAACAUACUCCAUACAGGCUGUUUUUUUAUGGUUGUGCAUUGAACAUGUUCAAACUAGCCAAACGGCUUCCAUCAAUAGUCAAUUUAUACUGAUUAUUUUCAUGUGAACAGCGACAACAACUCACAAGAUAUGAAACUGUUUUAAUUUUGAUAGUGUUAAUAUUUGACUCAUCUCGUCGUUGUAUUUUUCAGGAAGCUUAACAGAUUUAUUUUUUAGAAAAGAAUUUAUAUACUCAAUCCCUGCCUGAAAAUGUCAGUUCUGUGGCUAGGGUUUUUGUUAAUACGUGUAUAUUUUUAUGAUCAUAAAAAAUCCACAACUUAGCAGGUAGAUUAUUUUAUUGGGCUUGUUGAUUUUAACAUGUUUUAUACUGUAACAGUAAAUAAUGCACGAUGGAAUUGGAUGCACAUUUUUUUUUCAGUUUUUGAUGUCCAUUCCCACAUAUGUCGGUCCCUCGCACUACCUACCUCACACACCCCACUACAGAAUUAUUUGUACUUCAGUUUACAACAGUUCUGUUGAUUAGUACUGUAUCAGAACAGUGGUGAUAUAUCUUAAACAGCUCAAAUAUUUCAGAGUUUGCUUUGCGUAAACCAAGUUCAAUUGUUGUAACAAUUGGAAACCAUCAUCAUUGGUCUGAAUUUUUCACUUGGUAUGUAAUUCAUAAUCUGUAGAGUAAAAAUAGCAUCAGUAUCUGUAUUUAAUGAGAUCAUUGUAAUAUACCAAAGGUGUUCACAAUCUCAUUUAUUGUUGUAAAGUUUAUUAUACAAUUUAUAUACAUUUUAUAUACGACUUGAAUGAGUGAAUAAUCUAACCAGUGUAAAAUCAUAUUGAAACGAAAUUAAAAUUAUCAUGUACCAUGGUUGUGAUAAAUCCCACGCCUAAUUCAUUAUAAUCUAACGAGUUUGACAUUUAUGACAUAUAAUUUUUAGUGAGAUGCAUGUCACUUUCUUUCCUGACAAGAUGCAUGUACUUUACAAUUAUGUCACUCAAUUUUAGGGAAGUUGAUGACUUAUACAUGUAUAAAAAACAGUCAAAAUAUGUGUGAUUUUCAGCCAUCUUUCUGUACAAGAUAAGAAAAGAUGAUUCAUUACCUUGAGUACAGACAUUUAGUGUACAGAAUUACUGGUACCGGUAAUAUAUUUACUCACCUGACCUUGAGUACAGACAUUUAGUGUACAAAAUUACUGGUAGUAUAUCUACUCAACUCUCAUAUUUUAUUAUAAGUGACCUGUAUAAAUCUGCUGCACUAAAUGUUGUAUUGUCAUGUUUUUGAUGUGUUGAAAAAGCAUGCGUUGAAUACUGAUAUGACACAUUUUAACAAUUUGCUUCUAGUUCACAUUGAAAUAUAAAUACUGAAAUAUAUAAUUUAUUACUGUACUGAAACUACAUGUCUUUUUUUUCAUUUACUGUGCUAAAAUAUCGUAUUGUCUCUACUGUAAUGAAAUAUCAUAUUUACUCCACUAAAACAUCUCUACUAUAAUGAAAUAUCAUAUUUACUGCACUAAAACAUCUCUACUAUAAUGAAAUAUCAUAUUUACUGCACUAAAACAUCUCUACUAUAAUAUAAUAUCAUCUUCCAGUAAUAAAACAUCGCUUCUGUAAUGAAAUAUAUUUACUGUACUAAAACAUCUCUUCUGUAAUGAAAUAUAUUUACUGUACUAAAACAUCUCUACUAUAAUGAAAUAUCAUAUUUACUGCACUAAAACAUCUCUACUAUAAUGAAAUAUCAUAUUUCCUGCACUAAAACAUCUCUACUAUAAUGAAAUAUCAUAUUUCCUGCACUAAAACAUCUCUACUAAAUGAAUUUUCAUAUUUUCUCAAAUAUCACAUUACCAUUAUGACAUAUAUCACAAAUGUAUAGAAAGAUCAUGUUGUUUUAAAGUAACACAUUUACUGAUUCAGAAAUAUGUAUCAUAUUUUUUAAUGACCAUAAUGAAAUAUCAAAGUUGCAUAUGAAUUUCAUGUUAUACUGAAAUAUAAUUUUGAUUUACCAUAAUGAAAUAUCACAGCUGUAUAUAAAUAUCAUGUUGAAAAGAAAUAUUACAUUUACUGGUCUAUGCAUUGACUAUUGUUGUUGAAUGUUGAUUUAGAAUGUUUUCUGUAGUUUUGUUAUACAUGUUGUAUUAAACUGAACUUCAACCUCUACUGCUGCUAGGUAGACACAUGCUCUACAUGUCUGUCCACAUCAGCUGUCAAGCUAUCAAACAGAAGUAACUCAGUUCUCUCCAGCUGAGAAGUAUAUUGUGGCUAGUAUUUACCAGGGUAUGCAUGUACAUUUGUAUUUCUCUCUAGCCAAGCAGUAUAAUGCAGCUAAUAUUUACUCGGGUUAUAAUAAUACCUUAAAACCACCUACAGACUUCUCUCUUCUUGGACCAGUUUGAUUUUUGAAAUUAGAAAUGAAGUUUUACUGAUACAAAUUUAUGUUUAGGGUCCAAAUUCAGGAGUCUACUUACAGUACUAGGGAGUGUUGGCAAGUCGGGAGUCUCCUUACAGACACAUGGAGGGUUGACAAGUCGGGAGUCUCCCUACAGUACUAGGGAGGGUUGACAAGUUGGGAGUCUCCCUCCAGUACUAGGGAGGGUUGACAAGUUGGGAGUCUCUCUACAGUAUUAGGGAGGGUUGACAGGUCGGGAGUCUCCCCACAGUACUAGGGAGGGUUGACAAGUCGGGAGUCUCCCUACAGUACUAGGGACGGUUGACAAGUUGGGAGUCUCCUUACAGUACUAGGGAGGGUUGACAAGUUGGGAGUCUCCCUCCAGUACUAGGGAGGGUUGACAAGUUGGGAAUCUCUCUACAGUAUUAGGGAGGGUUGACAGGUCGGGAGUCUCCCCACAGUACUAGGGAGGGUUGACAAGUCGGGAGUCUCCCUACAGUACUAGGGAGGGUUGAAAAGUUGGGAGUCUCUCUACAGUACUAGGGAGGGUUGACAAGUCUGGAGUAUCCCCACACUACUAGGGAGGGUUGACAAGUCGGGAGUCUCUCUACAGUACUAGGAAGGGUUGACAAGUCGGGAGUCUCCCUACAGUACUAGGAAGGGUUGACAAGUCGGGAGUCUCCUUACAGUACUAGGGAGGGUUGACAAGUCGGGAGUAUCUCUAUAGUACUAGGAAGGGUUAACAAGCCGGGAGUCUCCCUACAGUACUAGGGAGUGUUGACAAGUCGGGAGUCUCGUUACAGUACUAAGGAGGGUUGACAAGUCGGGAGUCUCCCCACAGUACUAAGGAGGGUUGACAAGUCGGGAGUCUCCCUACAGUACUAGGGAGUGUUGACAAGUCGGGAGUCUCGUUACAGUACUAAGGAGGGUUGACAAGUCGGGAGUCUCCCUACAGUACUAGGGAGUGUUGACAAGUCGGGAGUCUCGUUACAGUACUAAGGAGGGUUGACAAGUUGUGAGUCUCCCUACAGUACUAGGGAGUCGGGAGUCUCCCUACAGUACUAGGGAGUGUUGACAAGUUGUGAGUCUCCCUACAGUACUAGGGAGUCGGGAGUCUCCCUACAGUACUAGGGAGUGUUGACAAGUUGGGAGUCUCCCUACAGUACUAGGGAGGGUUGACAGGUCGGGAGUCUCCCUACAGUACUUGGGAGGGUUGACACGUCGGGAGUCUCCCUACAGUACUAGGGAGGGUUGACAGGACGGGAGUCUCCCUACAGUACUAGGGAGGGUUGACAAGUCGGGAGUCUCCCUACAAUAUCAGGGAGGGUUGACAAGUCGGGAGUCUCCUUACAGUAAUAGGGACGAUUGACAGGUCAUGAGUCAGUUUGAGACACAAGGAAUAGCAGGCACGAUCAAAAAGUUUGCAAAUGAAGUUAAGGACAUUAUAUAUCAUGUUAAAACCUUCAUGUUUAUCAAAUCACUUGCAUUCAUUCCAUUUAUCAUUUUAUAGUUUAUUUUUAAUGUUUAUUUUAUUGUAGUUUAUAUAUAUAUAGGAUUGUGUGUCGAGGCUUCUAGUCUGUUUCUACUAACAAUUGUUUUUACCCAACAGUUGAGUUGGCUUACUAAGUAUAAUUACUAAUUCAAUGAUUAAUCUAAGUCAAGAAAUUUGAUCUGAAGUAUAUAUUCCUGAUAGUUAAGGCUUCCUUAUUGUUUUUCUCCCAUUUAUUUUGAUCUCCACAGCUUUGUAAAUGUGAAUGAUCUCAAUGGCUGUGUAAUGUGAAUAUCGUACUCGGAGUUGCUCAAGUGUUAAAGUAUGAUGUUUAGUUUACACGCAAGAGGUUACAGCGGUAUGCAAGCUAAAUUUGCGUUUGAAUUGCUUAUUACCUCUAAAUCAAGUGUAAGGCACAAUCAGUCGUGUCCACAAAAGAUUUGUCUAAUAACAUUCCCUAUGCUUGCGUAUAGUACUAACAACUUGGUUAUCUGUAUAUUUACCCAAUACAGCUGUACGAAGAAGGUUAAUUUUUGUAGCAAUGGUUUUAUGUCAUUGAAUAGCGAUUACUUUAAACUCACUCAUUCAUAUAGUUUUCCAUUAGAAUCCGUCAUUGGUAACUUCCAGUUUUUUCUGUCAUUACUUUAAGAAACUAGUAUCCCCAUUUUCAGUUGUCCUACCAUAGUUUUCGUUCUUCAGUUAAUUUUAUAUUGCCUCUUUUUCUAAUUGUCCCACCAGGCCAUCCACUCUUCAUAUAAAACCUUUAAUUUAACUCUAUAUACCUCCAUUGUACAACAGAAUAUAACUAAUAAUCCUCUAUAAUUGGAUGUGUUACCGUUCCUAUAAAACAGUUCAAUACUAACAUUACAUAUUGGUGGCUAGUGCAGCAUGUAUGUACCCUAUCACUCUAUGUGAAGAUUUACCAACCCAGAGAAAAAAAUGUUUUGAAAUACCCAGAACUGGAAUAGUUAUUUUAUGUGCACCACAGAACUGAAAUUGAUGAAAGGAUUUCAAUUUGUUCUCAUAUAUGUUCAUUAUAUAGCCAUUGAUUGGCAAAACCAAUAGCCAUGUUUGUGCGAUAUGCCAUAGAUGUUUAAAGGGUACAAUUGUGUAUCAGGAUAGAAUGUUUACAUUUUUAAUCUGUAAUUAACUAUUUAUUUGCAACGCAUCUAGAAAUUUAUUUGACAAGAUCUAAAAUAAAAGUUUAUUAUAUAACAUCAAA